GCCCGCCCCGGCCCAGGCGGGGGCCGCCCGCCCGCCCGGCCCCGCGGCGCCCUCGCCGGGUGCGAGCCGCUCGCGCCCGCCGCCCGAUCUCCGCGCCCGCCGCCGCCCGGCCCGCCGCGCUUCAUGGCUGCGCACGAAUGGGACUGGUUCCAGCGCGAGGAGCUCAUCGGGCAGAUCAGCGACAUCCGCGUCCAGAACCUGCAAGUUGAGAGGGAAAAUGUGCAGAAGAGGACUUUUACUCGGUGGAUAAAUCUACAUCUGGAAAAGUGUGACCCACCUCUAGAAGUGACAGACCUAUUCGUUGAUAUACAAGAUGGCAAAAUCCUAAUGGCUUUGUUAGAAGUCCUGUCUGGGCGAAAUCUGCUGCAUGAAUACAAAUCCUCGUCGCAUCGUAUUUUUCGGCUGAACAACAUAGCGAAAGCACUUAAGUUUUUGGAAGAUAGCAAUGUUAAACUGGUUAGCAUCGAUGCAGCAGAAAUAGCAGACGGCAACCCCUCUUUGGUUCUUGGACUGAUAUGGAACAUAAUCCUCUUCUUCCAGAUUAAGGAGCUCACAGGCAACCUCAACAGAAACUCUCCAUCUUCCAGUCUGUCACCUGGCUCAGGGGGCACAGAUUCUGACUCCUCCUACCCACCCACACCCACCACAGAGAGGAACGUGGCGAUAUCAGUGAAAGACCAGAGGAAGGCCAUCAAGACCCUGUUGGCAUGGGUGCAGAGGAAAACGAGGAAGUACGGCGUGGCGGUGCAGGACUUCACGGGCAGCUGGAGGAGCGGGCUGGCUUUCCUGGCUGUGAUCAAGGCCAUUGAGCCCAGCCUGGUGGACAUGAAGCAGGCCCUGGAGGACUCCGCGCGGGAGAACCUGGAGAAGGCCUUCAGCAUCGCUCAGGAGGCCCUGCGCAUCCCCAGGCUCCUAGAGCCAGAAGACAUCAUGGUCGACUCGCCGGACGAGCAGUCUAUUGUGACUUACGUGGCACAGUUUCUAGAACGUUUCCCGGAGCUGGAAGCUGAAGAUUUCGUGGAUCCAGAUAAAGAAGUCCCCAUCGAAUCCACCUUUGUCCGCAUCAAAGAAACCCCUCCCGAGCAGGAGAGCAAAGUCCUCCUCCUGACUGAGAACGGGGAGCAGGCCUACACCGUCAACCACGAAACCAGCCACCCACCACCCACCAAGGUCUUUGUCUGUGACCAGCCAGAGAGCACAAAGGGAUUCUGCCUGGGCAGCAUGUCCAGCUGUGCACUGUCCAACAGCUCCACCGAUUUUAUGCACCAGAUCAUCGACCAAGUCUUCCAGGGGAGCCCAGGGAAGACGAGCAACAUCAGUGAGCCAUCUCCAGAAUCUUCCAUCUUAUCCACCAGAAAGGAAGGCCGGAGGUCCAACUCUUUGCCAAUCAAGAAAACUGUCCACUUUGAGGCUGACACCUAUAAAGACGCCUCCUGCAGCAGCGACCCUUUCUACGGUCCCGACCUCAGCUUUGAAGAGAGCCUGAGUGCCACUGCCACCCAGGAGCUGCCGAAGAAGGACGAACACACCUCGGUGGUCGAGGUCGCCGAGGAAAAGAAGCCAAAACAGGAAGCCUCGCCCAUCUCGGGAGCAGCCUCCGACAGGGUCCCCUGGGACUUGCCAGGGGCAGAUGGUACCCUCGGUCACGCUCCGCCUUCCCAGCAUCCCUCUUCCUGUAACGGUUCUGUCGAGGGUCCCACUGGCCACAGCGAGGACAGUCAUCCUGUUCCGCACCCUGCCGAAAACACCGUCUUGGCCGAUGCCCUCGAGAUCAAGGUGAAGCUGUUGACCGUAGAAGCUGUAUAUAAGGAAGACAGUUUCGAAGGCAUCCCGUUAAAAGCUUCCAAAUUUAACAGUGACCUCGUCGACUUUGCUUCGACCAGCCAAGCUUUCCCGGAGGUCCCUUUGCCGCAGGAGAAAGCACCAGCCGAGGAGGUGGUUGCCGAGACUCCUGCUGAAAAGCUGGGUAAGAAGAGGAGCAAGUCCGCCCACACCGGGAGGGAGUCUCCCGAGCCCCAAGUUAAGCGUGACAGGCAGGAGCCUCUCAAGGGCGCCGAGCAGGACGCGCAAGGCUAUUCUCCAGGUCUGGAUGAGACACCUGCAGAGAAGAAGCCAGAGGUCUAUGAGAAGGCCAAGAGAAAGUCCCCUCGGUGUCACAGGGAGGAAGAGGGAGAAGCUGAAGGCGACCCGGGGGUUGGUGGGGAACUGCCUUCCAACCCCCCAAGCGGCAGUGUCAGCCUGGAGACCCUCCGGAGCCACAGCGAAGAAGGCCUGGAUUUCAAACCCUCUCCACCCCUGUCCAAGAUUUCCGUCAUUCCCCACGACCUGUUCUACUACCCGCAUUACGAGGUGCCCCUGGCGGCGGUUCUGGAAGCAUACGCAGAAGGCACGGAGGACCUCAAGAGUGAGGAUGUGGAUCUGGAAGAGCCCGAGGGCUAUCCCCACGAGCUGGACAGCAGGGACGGGGAGGCCGUGGAUGCCCAGAGCAGCUGCAGCCUCUUGGCGCUAGCCGAGGUCCUUCCCAGUGCCAGUACCCACGCGUCCUAUGUCGAUGGGGCCACGCCAGCCUCGGAACCCACGCCCCUGCCCCCCACUGAGGACCACCAGCCAAGGGAGACCAAAGAGAGUGACCCUGUAGAGAGCCAUCAGGCCCAAGGACCCCCACCUUCAGAAAACGUAGCAAACACGUUAGAAGAAAAGGUCCUGGAAGAGCCCACCAGCAGCAAAAAGAAGGCCAAGAGGAAGCACAUGGACCACGAGGAAGGCUCGCUGUUCAUAGCACCCAGCACUGUUCGGUCCUCAGAGGACCUAGAGGAAGACACUGGCGACCACAAAGUCCCUUCCAGGACUAGUCACAGUGACUCCAGCAUUUACAUUCGACGCCAUACUAAUAGGUCUUUGGAAUCGGAUCAUUUUAGCUAUGUUCAAUUGAGGAAUGCAGCAGAUCUGGAUGACAGAAGAAACCGAAUGUUAACCAGGUACAAUACUCAGAAGCUCACUGAGCUGAUUUUACAGUUUUAUGGCAUCAGAGCAGACAUGAAGAGGGAAUGCAAACUUGCCGGGAUGUCCAUGAAAGCCAACAAUUCUGGAGAAGCCAUGACCCUGGGCAGCCAGAGCCCACAGAGCGACUCCCUGACGCAGUUUGUGCAGCAGCCGGACGUGAUGUAUUUUAUUCUCUUCCUCUGGCUCCUGGUCUACUGCCUCCUUCUCUUCCCGCAGCUAGAUGUCAACAGGCUCUGAUGUGUGUGUCCGGAGAAUAAAAAAGACAGGCCCCUGACCAGGGCGGGGUCUUCUCACUUCGUUUCGUUCUGCGUUGGGGGUGGGGCCGCUUCUGCAGGCCUGGAAGACCUGGAUGGCGGCCCCCGCCCCUGCCAUUCCGCUUUGCUGGGUCCUGUCUCCUCUGUGAGGACCCAGAGCUCCUUUCCCCUUUGGCUGUGUGCCCAGAACUCAGGUGGCCGCCGCAUCCCUGGUGAGUCUUGUCUUGUGCCUUGCUUGGUCAAGAUGGUAAGCAUCGUCACCAAUAUUCAGCCAAAACCUGGAUCUCGGCUCUUGUGCAUGCGGGUUUCUCAGGUCCUGGAUGAACUCUAGUUACUCACCUCUCAGAUGAGGGUCUGCCUGAUGAGGAGGAGCGUGGUCCCCUGAGACCUUGCCUGGAAGAAUUUUCCUCCAAGUGUGGGUGUCGGGUGAAGAUGCUGCAGGUCCGUGUACCUGUUGCUGUCUGGUGACUGGUUGCGUUCAUUGGCGGAACCAAGCAGCACUAAGCUGCUGGCUCCCAGCAAGCGCUCCAGGGAAUGGCAGAAUCAGGGAAGAAGAGCAAGGCUCCGUUGUGAGCCAUGGAGUUUGUGUUUCUCACCCUGGUUUUCUUGAACGGUUGGAGAAGUGAAAUGCAUAUUUUUUUCCUGGUACUGAGGAUUGAAUCCUAGGGCAUUCUGCCACUGAGCCACACCCCCAGCCCUUUUUAUUUUUUAUUUUGAGACAGGGUCUUGUGAAGUUGCUGAGGCUGACCUCCAACUUGUGAUUCUCCUGCCUCAGCCUCCUGAGUCAUUGGGAUUACAGUUGUAUGUCACCACACCCAGUUGAGAUACAUUUUUAAUUUGUUUUUGCGUUGAUUGGUUUGAGAUAGAACUGUGAUUUUCAAAUCUUUUCCACUAAUAGGACCUUCUGUCAAAUGAAUCCUGAGAGGGGCUAGUCUAGACAGUGUUCAAAACAGCUCGAGCUGGCUGCCAGCAGGCGGAGAUCCCCUCCCACUUUGCUGAUCUUCUGUGAGUCCCUCGGGGCCCAGCAGGGCAUUGGGAAAGGUCCUGAGGAGCUUGGAGUGGACAGGCUAGGAACAAGUGCCUACCGUGCCACUUCAGAAUGCUGUGGGGCAUGCUGGCCUCUGAAUUCUGGUCUUGGCACUGGCUCCCCUUGCCACCCAUCGUAACGGGCUUUUCGAGAACUCUUUCUGGAGCACCCCGGGGAGUAGACCAAAGCAGGUGGUCUGUGAGGAAAGAGGCCCCUCUCCCUGCCUCCCGUCUUCCGCAGCUGGGUCCCUGCUAAGACUCAGGUCACCGAAGGCCGUGUGAGUUUCCUCUUGCCUCUGCCCUCCCCGGCAGCAUGCAUCGGGCAGCCCUUCUGAAAUAGUGAACUCUGCUCAGGAAAAGGCCUCCCAGAGCAGCUUGUCCUGCUGAACCCAGAGAGGCACAGCAGGGUUGCCAAGUCACACUGCCCACCAGAAGCAUCCAGAGCACCUGAUGCCCAGUCCAGAGCUGUUCCUUUUUGCAGGAAACUUCUACUGUGCACAUGAGUGUCCUGAUAAAAUGACUAGGAAAAAAAAAGUUCUCAUUCAAGCAAAACCAAAUAUUUGGGCACCUAUCAGACUGUUUGGUUAUCAUUUUCAAAAAAAAAAAAUUUUUUUUUUUCUGUUCCAUGAGAAAGUUUUGUUUACCUUCAAUCUCGGUCCCUAACCCCUCUGGAAUAUUCUUCACAGCUGUCUAGGCUUGUCGUUUGACAUGCCACAUUGCUUUGAUUCAGGGAAUCCCAUUCCUUCCUAGCAAGCUUCUUUCAAGCUGCAGGCCUCAAGAGUACAGAAUUUACACAGCAUGAUUGAGUCCCGGAGGCUAAAACCUGGCCUCUACGCCACUCUGCCUCCAUUCCCCCAAAGAAUCUCAGCCUUCAAGGGUGAAAGCUCUCGGAGCUUGGAGUGGCUCCAUCUCGAAGCCCAGGAGCCCAUAGAAGCAAAGUGAUUAAUGAGCUUCCUGGCGUCGUCAGAAGUUCAGAGGCACGCAUAAUAAAGGUCAUGUGUGUGAUAUUUUAUAACCCUGGGCACUGGCGUCUGCCCAAAUUAAAUGCCAGGGAAGAGCUGACCCAAAUGUGAAUCAUCUCGCUUCACAGCUCUCGGCCUUGUUCAGAAAACCUCUGCAGACUUCCUCUCUCGCUCCUACAACUUCUAAUGUCCUUUAAAACAUCAAGUGGCACGAUGCCCAAAAAUCAUUUGGCUCAGGUUGACAGUAAACUGAUUUUCUAAAGGAGAAAAAAAUUCAUUUGGAUAUAGGCUUAUGUGGAAGAAGCUGGUAUGGCAGCCUGCUGGACAAGCCACCCCAGUCCGCGGAACUUUUUUAAUGAGAACUAGCCUCCUCUAGACUAGGGGACUUGCUCCUAGAAGUAACUGCCUUGAACACUUUAGCAGUCUCCUCUAAUAUUUACCUUUGCAUUUCUGCAUGACACGCUUACGCUUUAUCCCUUUAAUUCAUCUGGCAACAUCCACUGACCUGCUAAUACUGCAGACGGAGGUCACUCCCUGCCGGAUCCUCCUUAUUUCUUCAGUAUUGUUAGAGCAUAUUAUUCGAAUGCCCGAAUAACGUGCCUUGUCACAGUCACACCAGAGAUGUUCGCUCCUGAGCCUCGUGGUCACUUGUCACCUUUCCUCCUUACCUGGGUUCAUAGUCUCUGCCCUGCCCCGUCCUCCCUCCCACUCUCUCUCUGGAGUGACACCUUCUUUAGUAAUCUAAGAAAAGGAACAUGGAAAGCAAAUAUUGUUGCAAAUAUUCUGAGAUGAUUUUGUUCACAUGACUUAAAAUGGAGAACGCAUUUGUCCAAAUGUGGCCGAGCAGAGAACUGCGGUGGAACACGACCCCCUCCCGCCACCGCACCUGUGGGUCUCCCCUGUGACUUGGGCCCCUCCCCUACCUGGAAACACUGAGGAGCUCUUUGUGCUUGGUGUUCUCAGCUGUCACAUGGUGUCACAUUUCUGCUGUCACACUUUGUGCUGAGCCCUGUGGGAAGUGUCUUAAGUUUCUUGUAAUUAUUUACAUUCUUUCUUUCUGGACUGUCAUUCCAAUAUCAGACCUCUCCAACUAAUCCUCUAACAGUUUUAUCUUUUUCUCGUCUCUAUUUUUUGAUCUGCUUUCAGGAAAAUAUUUUAUCUUCCCUGGAUGAAUAUUGUAUUUAAUUUUUAAUUUCCAAGACUUGCCAUUGUUCUGGUUUUUGUUUUGUAGUGCCCUGUUCUUGACUCAGGAGUGCAGAUCUCAUAGUCCUAUGGAUGUUGAUAAGAGGUUCUUUUUGUUAUUUUGUUUCGUACUGGGAAUUGAACCCAGGGGCACUUUACCACUGAGCUACAUCCCAACCUUUUUAUUUUUUAUUUUGAAGCAGGAUCUCAGUAAGUUGCUGAGGCUGGUCUUGAACUUGUGACCCUCUUGCCUCAGCCUCCUGAGUUGCUGAGAUGACAGGUGUGCACCACCGUGCCCAGCGAAUGAUAGUGUUGGGAGGGAAGUUCUUUUCUGCUCCCCGUGUUGCUUUGGUUUCCUCUAAGUUUCCUUUCUCUUGUUGGUCUCUGUCUUUGACUUCCAGGUUCCAAUUUUCCUCCAGUAUCUGGUGAUGCUGUGGAUCUGUUCAUGUUUAAAAGGGAAGCUCAGGAAGCUUGUUGGAAGCUGUGUGUCAACCAGUGGGAUUUUUCUCUAGUCCCUGAGGCUGGACUUGUCUUUGAAGAAUGCUGUGUCAGUAUCUGCACACCUUUUCUCUAGGGCCUGAUCCAUUUCUCUAGAGAGCUUUUCCCUACUCCUCUUCCUGGGAAAGAGGGACACAUGCGGGGCUGCUGUUGGUCUCUGCAGUGCCUUGUGCAGUUUCAAAACAAGCUGUCCCUCUUGGGCAGAAGCCGCCACGAGCGCUUAGCUUGACUGGCAGAGCACACAUUUUGCCCCUUUCUCUGGCAGGAUGCACCGGUGAGGUAGGGCAAAGCUUGAGGAAGAGCCAGAGCUGGAUUUUAACCCCCACCUGCCCCUUGGCUAGGUGUCUUUGUUCAGUGGCAAAACUGUAGGGGUGUCCACGCCUGGAGACCCAGUGCAGCGCUGGGGUUCUGGCCGCCAGCAGGCUGUCCCCGCACCAGUGAUGUCUAGUCCACUGAGUAGCUCCCGCCUUUGCUGUGUGUGGGGUCCCUGGGUUGGAGUGUCUCUUAUUUCUCCACGGCGUAGGAGCAGAGGGGACAGCUGGCUGCGUGGCAGGGGCAAGAGGCUGGGGUCCACAAAGGUUCCUCUCUCCAGCCCUUUCCUGGAGGCCACUUGUGGUGGCUCAGUGGCCUCCCCUGCAGGCCCUCCUCCUUUGCCCUGCUGUGGGUGGACUGGCGUCCACUGCCUGCGGCUGCCUUCUCCCCAUCCUGGGUCCUCAUGGCUGUCCAGCUGUCCUUCCGGUGCUCUCAUUUCCGAGGAGUUUCAUGAUGGGAAAAGUGAGCUCCUGCGCCCCGCACCCCAUCUGGAUCCACAAACCCCUUCGAGUUUCUCCAUGGUUAGUUGGGUGGCUUUCUGGGCCGUGAGUCUCUCUGAGGCCGCAGCAACGCCCACAUUGCUGAGCUGUGCUGGGCCGAGUGCAGGAGCGGGUCAGCCGACCAGCAGGCUCUGCUCUAGGGCUGCCACUCAAGUGGCUUUCUUCCCCCUCCUUCCCCGUAGUUCUGUCACCUACCCCAGUAAACCAUCUAGAUCUUCGCACCACAAGAUCCAGUCGUGUGGUGGUGUGUUUUCUUGGUUUUCUCUGCCAUCUCAGUCUAUUUAGGAAGAAGUAGACCGCACUGGUGUUUGCCAAUGAACAAACGGUGUUCUCUGUGGGUUGGAGUCCGGAAGGUGAGCAGGAUUUCCUCACAGGGGUGUCUUCCAUAGCUGGUGACCACAGAGCUGUGGGGAGCAGCUGGUCACGCCUGAGCUCUCUGGUCAGAUGUGUUUCCACCAGAGCUCAGCACCAGUGCGCAUACCCUCAGGGUCCGCGAGUCACCACCCAGGACAUGAGCUUCCCUGCUCCUGGGGUUCAGCAUGGUUCCCCAGCCCUCUUCCUCAUGCAGCUUGCCUGCUCUUCAUAAGGGUGAGCGUGAGUCAGACAGCCAUAGGGGUCAUGUGAGGACUCAGCAUGAGUCCUUCAAGAGACAGGCUGUGGGAGGAUCGCUGGAGCCCAUGAGUUCAAGAGCAGUCUGGGCAAUAUAGACCCCAUUGCCAAAAAAAUAAAUGAAACUAAAGAUCAGAAAUUAUCACCCUGCUCACUAGUGACUGUGGGAUGACUAUUUGCAUUUCCAAUUAAGUUUCCUACCACACUUCAGUCUCCAACAGAAGUCAGAGUAAAUGUGUAGAGAAGGUGUCCUCCUGGGUGUCAGAGCAGUCCUGGCUUUGAAGAGGAGCCUUCUUUGUGGGACUGUGUCACCAGAGUGGUGUGAAGUCUUCCACACCAGCUCAGGUUCCUCACUCUGCAGAGGGCUCCAGAAGGCCUGCUGGAGUUCUGAGACUGACCCUCUCCUUCCUCCUGAAGAGACCUCCCUGAUCUAUACUGAGUGACCUGGAUUCUCAUACGGAGCUCCGCAUCCUGAAGUCCCAGAAAUGGGCUUUGCCAGAACUUCAAAAGCUUCUCAGUGACAGUUUUGCCAGGAACAAGAGUGGGCAGGUCUCUGCAGGGCCCUGUUGUGUUCUUUUUCUUCCCCAGCCAUACUGGGAUGCCCAUCUGGGGACGCCCAUCUGGGGAAGGUGGAGCAUCUCAGGCUACAGCUGCAGACUGCAGUCGCCCCUGGCCCAGCCAGCAGCCGGGGGACGCUCUAAGGACAGGCCCAGGACCUGGGAUGGGCAGUGGAAGGCUGAGAGUUGGUGCUGGAGUUGGCUUGUUUAUUUGCUAAACUCUGCCACAGGGUGCUUCCCUUGCCCAGUCAGCCACAAUGGGAGGGUAGAGAGGAGAUCCAGAGCCUUUUUGCUGCCCAGGUGGAGCUCGAGGGGCCUUUGUGGCUGGCCGCUCACCAGGCUUUCUCCAGCAGGCAGAAGUGAGCCUGCAGGGGCUGGGGAAUGUAGCUCAGUUGGUAGAGUGCUUACUUACAAACACAAGGCCCCGGGUUCAAUCCCCAGCACCGCAAAAAAAAAAAAAAAAAAAAAAAAAAAGAAGUGAGCCUGUGGCUAAGGACCCUGGGCAUCACGGGAGUUGCACGGCCCCUCUGCUUCCCUCGCGAGCAGGCCCCCCAUGAGCAAUAGCCCUCCUUGCUGAUCUGUCAGCGCCCCUCGGCGGCCUUGACCCUGCCCUUCCUCACUGGCUGCGGGCAGGACCCGCCUUGUGGCAGCUGGGGCCGUAGCAGCCCUGCACCAGAAGACAGUCUCAAUCAGGGAAACAGCCACCCGGCGUUUUGUGCUCAUUGGCCAAGUUGUUUUUAAAUACACACAGGCCUCAACCACCUACAGCCCGAUCCUGCUGCUGACCUAUUUAAAUCUUGACACGCUGGUGUCACAUCUGACUCCAUCUAACCAGGCUCUCCUUAAAUGAACCCUUUUCCUCUUGUUGGGUUUUUCUGCCCAUCCUUUCUUCCUUCCCUGGAAAGCAUGUGGGAUAGGGAAAAUUGGCAAGUUUGGAAGUCGGCCAGAUCUGGAUCUGAGUCCUGGGUGUCACUCGAUGCCUGGGUGAUCUCGGGCAGAUUAACCUCUGAGCUUGUGUGCAGUGUAGACACUCAGCAUGUGUUGGUCAAAGAACAGAUGCCUUCCUUGCCAGUCGGUGAUGCAGCCGCAGACUGCUCAGUGGCUAGCCGUCUCAGUGGCUAGCCGUCCUGCGUUUCCCUCCUCCCCAAGCACAGGCUCCCUCUCCUCUCCAGCAUUCUCUUAACCAGGGCUUCUGCCUCCUCCAUCCAAGUCCCCGCCCAGGGGCUGGCUGCCCUGCUUCUGAUCCAGCUCACACCUUCUGGGAGGAAGUUGGGCCAUUGUGUAUUCACUGACGGGACCCUCACAACAAUUGUGGGAGCCAGUCACUUCAGGGAGGAAACAAGCCCCGGCCGGAAGAAUAACAAGGUCAUAGCCUAGAGCUAGUAAGUGGCAGAACCUGGGGUGUAGGACUUAUUUUCAGACACUGAUUUUACCCUAAUCAUCCCUGUUUAGGAAAGAAAGUGAUCCCCUAAUGAAAUUCUGAUCCUUUGUGACACUGACCUGAUUGACAAGUGCUGGGUGGAAAUUCUCUACUGGGAAGGUAGAAAAGUGGAGUAACCACCCUGCAGAUUCCUCUGCAGCCUUUCCCAGUUCUAAGUUUUCACACUGGGACUCCCAACUCCUGACCCCUACUGCCUAAAUCUCUCCUUCAGAAAUUCACAUUUUAGCCUACAGUUGCAAAUUUGCAACCAAAAUUUCUGCCUCUGAAUGGCCGUUAGCAGUGAAAUCUCAGUGUCUAGCAUCAAACGCAGUUCAUCAGUGAUUCGAGUUAGCCAUACCUUCUGCCCCUAACUGUUCCUCUCUCCUGUUUUCAGAGUGGAAAGGAGUCUUUCUCCUUUGAAAAGCAAAGCAGAGAAGGCCUGGGUGGAGCAUAAUGAAAACAGAGGCUGGAGAUCCUGAGUGACUUAAAUAAAGUCACGGUUGGUUGGGGCCUCAGAUAGGGAUCAUUAUUAUUUUUUUUAACAGACUUUGAUGACUGAGAGUUUAUUUGAAAAUGAUAUAGGACAAACCAAAAGUCGUGAUAUUUGCACUGUUGCCAAAAAAGGGAAAAAAUGUCAUUUGAUGGGUUUAUGCUAUUUGUAACUGCUGCUUCUAGCUGCACCAGAAGUCCAUAGCAUAUUGUCUGUAAGAUCAUGCUGUGAGGAAGGAUAGCCAGAAUGCCUGUAUUCCCAAAUGUCAUGCAACGAUCGUGACACUUUUGAAAGAAGUCUGAGGGUGCCUGCAGUUUAGAGAGCUCACAUCGCCCAAACUGAGGUCCAGGGCCUCAGGGACCCACAUCCUAGCUCGGGCUCACCUGCAGACACCUCAGAGAGUUCCCUGACCUCUCUGGGUUGGAAUUCUCGGUUUAAAAAUCCAAAGGUUAGCAAGAUAGUUCUUUGUACUUGUUUGUUUGUUUGUCUCAAUAAGUGGCCUAUGUGCUGGAAAUAAAUGCACUUCUGUAUACAAGUGAGAGAAAGGUGCCUUUGGGAAGAGUUUGCAGUAGCAGAAGCUCAUCUGGUAAAAGGUUUGGAUGAAAGUUUGGAGUGGAACCUAGGGACCUGCUUCCUUGGGCUCCCAGGACUAAAUUGGUCUCCUUAAGUUAAGACAGCAGCCAAUGCCGUUUCCCAGGGGAUUUCUUCUAAAUUCAAAAUUUCAGCUUCAGGAAUAAAUAGCUGUACAUGACUGGACCUUUCCACCUUUGUCAUCUUGCCUCUUUUUCUAGCGGUGACUCAAAUAAAAAGGCACAGUUUCUGCUCAGAGCAGAGCGUUUGCAUUUGAGAUCCUUCAUGCCCAGAGCUGGCCUAGGGGGCAGUGAUGCCUGGUGGCCAGGUCUGCCCUUGAGACUGGACCUGAAGAUGCUGCUGCCUGUGUCACUUGCCUUAAUGCUGAUACUGUCAGCCCAAGACAAGUGGGGAGACUGGCUACAUCCACCCACGCUGCUGGGACAGGUAAACCUGGAGAGGGGUUGGUUCAGAGCAUGUGCUGGAGGGGAAUAGGUAUUUCAUCUUGGGAGACCUGCGAUAUAUUUAGCAGACUUAAUGUUUCUUAAUGUCAUGGAAGGACUUCACUGACUGUGUCUGAAAACUUUUACUGAGAGCUCUAGGAGAACUAUGGAGGAAAAAAAAGUGAAACAUUAUUUUAUAGUAGAAGGGUUAUUUUGUCUAUUUAGAAGAUAUAUAUACAGCUGUAGCUUUGUAAAAAAAGGAUCUUUGUUCAAAAAUUGUAUGAAUGUGCACUCUUAUUUAUUGAUUAUUGUAAAUUGAGAUAUAAAUGGCUAUUUGCAUAAUUUAUCCCUGUGGGAAAUUAACUGGAGUAUUUGUUAUUUGACAGUUUUCUAUCAAGGAACAUGGGCUUGGUGCUAUGAUGAAUGAUCUUGUGAAAUUUCAUGUAUUCUUAAGAAAAUUUUUGAAUAUAAAUUUGUUGAAAUGAC